GGAAAAAAAAAAAAAAAAAUCUGGGAACGAGAGCGGAUGGGCUGAACCGCACUUGGGAAACAGCGCGGACUUUCUGCUAGGACUCGGGCCCUACGUCUGCUCAGCCCCGUGGCUCCGCGCACCUACCACCAUGGAGCUGCGGCCUCGUCUCGGAGCCACCUGUUUGCUGGGCUUCAGUUUCCUGCUCCUCGUCACCUCUUCUGAUGGACAUAAUGGGCUUGGAAAGGGUUUUGGAGAUCACAUUCAUUGGAGGACACUAGAAGAUGGGAAGAAAGAAGCAGCUGCCAGUGGAUUACCCCUGAUGGUGAUUAUCCAUAAGUCCUGGUGUGGAGCUUGCAAAGCUUUAAAGCCCAAAUUUGCAGAGUCUACAGAAAUUUCAGAACUUUCCCAUAAUUUUGUUAUGGUAAAUCUUGAGGAUGAAGAAGAGCCCAAAGAUGAAGAUUUCAGCCCUGAUGGGGGUUAUAUUCCACGAAUCCUGUUCCUGGAUCCCAGUGGCAAGGUGCGUCCUGAAAUCAUCAAUGAGAAUGGAAACCCCAGCUACAAGUAUUUCUACAUCAGUGCUGAGCAAGUUGUUCAGGGGAUGAAGGAAGCUCAGGAAAGGCUGACGGGUGAUGCCUUCAGAGAGAAACAUCUUGAAGAUGAGUUGUAACAUGAAUGUAUCCCUUCUUUCAUCAAAGUUACUGUUGUGGAAGGAAGGCAGCAGGGAAGGGAAUAUUGAGGAAUCACUCAGAACAAUUAAACCUUGUUCCUGCCUACCUGGGAAGGGGCCCUCUCACUGUGGAAGAGUUCUGCUGCCAGAAGCUGGUCUCCAUGUUUGUGAUCCAGCAGAGUGUGGCAGACCUCCUUAUCCUGUCCCCUCUCACCUAAAUGUCUCUUUGUCAUUGAAGGUAAAGAAUGACACCUUUUGACACAAAACUUGAGCCAUUUGGAGGUUUACUCCUCACACUGCAGUAGUUGAAUCUUUCCAUUUCCUCCUGCUUUACUCACCUUAGCGGUGAAAAGAGACCAGAAGCAUCUUUUUUAUAAUGUUAAAAUUGCAGAAAUAGCUUAUCAUUUAAAACAACAAGUCCUAAAUGUAAAUCCGUAAUUCUACCCCACCAAGGAGACCAGCCUCUUUCUUCUCUUUUUCUCCUGGGAAUAAUCUUGGGCUUCUUCCUGAAUUCCUUCAACUUCCUUCCUCUUCUCUGGCUUGGCUUCCCUGUUUGCACGCAUGCGUGUGCAGGAAUGGCUGUGUGCUUUGGACUCAGCCCAGCUGGAAGCAUGCUUUCCCCUGUUAACUGUUGGAGAAACUCAAACCUUCAAGCCCUAGAUGGAGCCAUUUUUGUCAAGUCGUCAACUGUAUUUUUGUACUGGGGUUAACCAAAAAAUAUAUAUAUAUAUUAAUUGUUCCAUUAAACUUUAAUAAAACUUUAAAAGGAAA